AGACCCCACACGCUCACUGCUCCCCCAGCCCUUCUCUCCGCGCCGCACUGGGAGGGGAAGUUAUCACCCCUGCCAGGGCUGUUUCCCUUUUCUGAAUGCGCCUCUACACCUGGCUUUACGGUAGAUGGCCUUGCGCGCAGGCAGAGCCAGGGGCACCCCUCGUCCCAUCAGCCCGCGGCGGGGUCAUUCAGGCACCUAGUGGGGCAGCUACAGCGCAGCCCGGAAGUGGAGGGCAAGGAGCCCGCCCCCAAUGUGGGCGUGGCCUGAGCAAGAUGGCGGCGCCCGUGGGCCCCUCGGGGGGGCGUGACUCCGCGCUGGUGGGAGGGGGCAGCGGAGCCGCCCGCAGCAGAGCCCGGGCGGCGGGCGCAGGAGCAUGGAGGGGAACAGCCCGCUGCGGCCCCAAGACUUCCCUGCGUUGAAGAAUGACACGUUCCUUCGAGCGGCGAGAGGGGAAGAGACGGAGUACACCCCGGUCUGGUGCAUGAGGCAGGCCGGCCGAUACCUCCCAGAGUUCCGGGAGACCCGAGCUGCCCAGGACUUCUUCGCCACCUGCCGAAGCCCGAAGAUGUGCUGCGAACUGACCCUGCAGCCGCUGAGACGAUUUCCCCUGGAUGCUGCCAUCAUCUUCUCUGACAUCUUGGUGGUGCCCCAGGCGCUGGGCAUGGAGGUGGUGAUGGUGCCCGGCAAAGGGCCCACUUUUCCAGAGCCCCUCAAGGAGGUGGAGGACCUGCUGAAGCUGCGGCAGAAGGUGGACGUGUCGGAGGAGCUGGGCUACGUCUUCCAGGCCAUCACGCUGACCCGGCACAGCCUGGAGGGCAAAGUGCCCCUGAUCGGCUUCUCCGGGGCGCCGUGGACCCUCAUGUCCUACAUGAUUGAAGGCGGCGGCUCCAACACCAUGGCCAAGGCCAAGCGCUGGCUGUACCGGCACCCUGAGGCCAGCCACCGCCUGCUGCAGCUGCUGCGGGACGUCAUCGUGGAGUACCUGGUGGGCCAGGUGGCAGCCGGCGCUCAGGCUCUCCAGCUGUUCGAGUCCCACGCCGGGCACCUAGGCCCCGAGCAGUUCCGGGAGUUUGCCCUGCCCUACAUCCGGGCCAUUGCCAAGCACGUGAAGAACAAGCUGCAGGCAGAAGCGCUGCCCCUGGUGCCAAUGAUCGUCUUCGCCAAGGACGCGCACUACGCGCUGGAGGAGCUGGCCCAGGCUGGCUACGAGGUGAUCGGCCUGGAUUGGACCAUCCAGCCCCAGGCGGCUCGAGAGCGGACGGGCCACCGCAUUACCCUCCAAGGGAACCUGGAUCCCUGCGCCCUGUAUGCACCCAAGGAGAAGAUCGGGGAGCUGGUGAAGAGGAUGCUCGAGGGGUUCGGGACCCAGCGCUACAUCGCCAACCUGGGCCACGGGCUGUACCCCGACAUGAGCCCUGAGCACGUGGGCGCUUUCGUAGAAGCUGUGCACACGCACUCCCGCCACCUCCGCACGCCCGACUGAGCCCGCCCGGGACCCUGCCGGCGAGAGGACUGCGCGGUGCCACCGGCGGCUCUGCUGUCUGGGCGUGGGGGUCUCGGCCUGGCUGGCCUAAGCACCUAAUUAAAGCUCCUUGUUUCCUGA